AACAGAUGAACGGUGGUGAUUCUACCACCAAGCACGCUCAGUAGACUAGACUACAACCGACUUUAUAUCGCAAAGUGGAUGGAAAAUAUAUGUUCAAUGUACUUUAUAUGAGCUAUAGCUAUUACUGAUAGUAAUUUAGAGAGUGAUUGAGGAAGUGAACCCAUGCGGUGAGUGUGCGUAAAAUCAACACCUUCUCUCCAGACUGGCUUCAAUACGCAGCGGUGUCUUUUCAGCUAGCGGCACAUAGAAUAAAGCGGACCGUCAGUUCAUGUUUCAACAGAGAGCGAAAGUGACCUGCACAUUGGUCCUCGUUGUCUUCUAUCCAUUUUUAAAAUGUUAUGAUGUGAACUUAUAUGAGGUGCAGGGGUAUGAUUGUGAGCCCCAUUCCCUUUCCAUCGACUCUUGGACAACUGUAAAAGGGAAUGCUAUUGAGGUAGUCUGUGGCAGGAUCUUAUACAAUAGCUCGCAGCCGGUUAUCAGCGCUUGCGGUCUAUCCACUUUGAUCUCCCCGAAGUCCCUCUCUGUCUCCCACCAUGGAGAGUCUGAGUGAGUUGCAGAACCCACUUCUAAAUAAGACCAGCAGCAGACACAUGGUCCACAACGACUACCAGGCUUACCAGAGUGACUACCCCAACCACCAGUACCAGAAGAACAUCAUUGGCUACUUUGUCACAGGCAGCAACGGCAAGACUCAGGCCCAGCAGUUCUUGGAUGCUACCUCUCUGCACCUGGCAGUGGAGGCCUUCUAUAGGCCCAACUUUAUCCUGUAUAAGGACAAUGUCAACCUCCAGAGCAAGGACUCUAAGAGUGAGAGCUCCGAGACCACCUUCACAGAGAACAAGGACAGUGUGGUGGGAGUGGAGGGAGCCCCCAUAGAGGACCCUCAGGACAAACUACUGGGAGAGAAGGAUGUAACGAUCCAGACUGUGUCCUAUGAGGUGGAGGAGGAAGGACACGAGUAUGAGAGCGACAGCUCCAGUGACACUGAGAGUGAGGACAAUUUCAUCAUGCUGCCCCCCAGGGACCACCUGGGCCUGGCCAUCUUCUCCAUGCUCUGCUGCUUCUGGCCCCUAGGGAUCGUUGCCUUCUACUUCUCCCAGAGGACUAGCAAGGCCAUUGCUAAGGGAGACUUCUCCAGGGCAAGCAGUAGCUCCAGAAGAGCCCUGUUCCUCGCUGCCCUCUCCAUCACCAUCGGGGCAGGGAUGUACGUGGGGGUGGUGGUGGCCCUCGUAGCCUACCUGUCCAAGUCUGGAGGACACAUAUAGCAGCAGAACCAGGGCCACAGGGGAGUGCUUAGGAAGCUGUCCUUGCUAUGAAGCAUCAUGCCCUAUACAUGUGGCUCUGUCUGGAUGUUUGGGUUGUGGAGCAGGAGAGAGGAGGAGAGGAAGGAACAGAGGGAGAGUCAGUGUUUUGAAAUGUUUACCCUGACCAAACAAUGUAAACCACAGACGUAUCCAUCUGGAUUACACCCUUGUGUCUAUUUCCCGGCCACUUCUCUCUAAGUUUAUCAGCCUGAUAAGGAUGUUUGAGGUUCACAAAUUAAUGAGGGAAAACACCAAAGGAAAGAGGAAAAUACUAUUUCCCCACAAUGACUGUCAUGCUCCUAGUAAAAUUAAAGUGAUGAUACUAAUUCCAGAGCUAACCUCCUCCACUGAUCUUCAUCAUUAUCAUGGAGGCCCCCAUCCAUAAUUUUUGCUGUUCUGUGUAAAUACGUAUUGUGCCAAUUGUGUUUUUGGUCUUAUUGAUUUCCAUGCCACAGUGAGUCAUAACGAGCCAGUCAUUGUGUCUGAAAUGCUACAUCAAGAAGGCUUACUUUACUGAUUAUUCAUCAAACUGGUCGCCAGUCCAGGUUCCGGAAUAUUAAUCUGCCAUCAUCAGUCAAUAGACUCUAAACACGGAAAGAGGAAAAUGUGUUUAUUGUGCACUGUAUCUCCUUUCAGAAUAAAUACAUUUGGCAUGAAUAAUGAUUUACCUGUUGCCUGUCUUUCUCGCUUAUUCAUUGUCUCAUUGAGGAGUGUGGAGGGAGGCAUUGCUGACCGUGUAAUAGAUGGAUGUCAGAAUGCAUUGUUGGCCACUGUGAGUUAUAUUGACAAUUUGCUUGCCUCCCGGCUUCUCCCCUCACUGGCACGGCUUCUCUGUUCUCUGCGUUUGGCAUCACUCAUGGUCUAGCCUUGAGGUGACUUUAACUGCCAGCAAGCUAAAAGCUCAGGAACAAAGCAUACAUUCUGGAGUCAGGAUGGCAGAACGAAACGAGUGCAGUCUUUUAUUCACCUGGAGACUGGAGCGCCAUCAAGCCCAUCUCUCUCUCUCGCUCUCUCUCUCUCUCUCUCCCUCCCCCUCCCCCUUCUUUGUCUGGCAUCUCAUCAGCACCACCAAAGCCAGCAGAAUGACCCAAAUACACAGGGAGACGUUCUUAACUCUAACACCAAUGUCCUUGAGUUCCCUCUGUGUGUUUGAAUAACAACAUUGUCACGCUCUGGUUCCGGGACGUUGUUAUUGAACCAGGGUGUG